UUCCGAGUUAACGUUGUUUUCUCUGGGAAUACCGAACCUCAAUUACAAUAAUAAAAUCUAAAGCCUUAAAGUAAAUAGUGGUUGGUAAAACAUUUCGAUCCCCCGCCGCGUUAUAUAUAAAUAGUAGUUUGAGUGUAAUAAGUUCAUUAAGUAUUGAGUGGUGAAUAUGAGUGGGAAGAAGAAGUAUAGUGUGACCAGUGUUAGCAGUAGCAGUGGAGAUGAGAAGUAUGAGAGGGUGCCGCCUGAGGGGGGGUGGGGGUAUCUCGUUUGCAUCGGCCUGUCUGUUAUUUUUAUCGCCGGCACGGCACACCAGCCAGUAUUCGGGUUCAUCUACAACGAGUUUCUGAAUGAUGUGGGCGCGGGAACUGGCGCCGUCACUGUCGUAUAUGGAGUCUUCCAAGUCACUCUAGCUAUUGCAGGAUUUUCGGCGAACAUCGCUCUAAAAAGGCUAUCACUAAGACAAGUGGGUCUUAUCGGAGCAUUUAUAUACACACUAGCGUCCUUCCUGGCCAUUUUCGUCACGUCAACGACCCAAUUAAUUAUAACUAACGGCUUCCUCCAAGGCUUAGGAAUGGGUCUCCUCAUUCCUAUUUCAUAUACAAGCUUUAACAGUUACUUUACAAAGAAAAAGGUGCUCUAUUUGAGCCUGUGUAAGGCUUCUAUUGGGAUGAUCACGAUGUUGUAUCCGUUAUUCAUCAAGUUUACUAUUACCGAGUUUGGGUUCAGAGGGACGUUGGCUGUAUUGUGCGCCAUUUCGGCGCAUAGCAUAUUUGGAGCUGUUGUGAUGCACCCUGUCGAGUGGCAUAUGGUGAAACAGAUGAAGCCGUGUGAGAAAAUAGUUCUUAUCCCUCCAACUCCCGCCGUCGAAAAAGAAUCUCAAUUCGAAUUCACCAAAGACGGCCAAACUCUAUCACCGCAGCUGCAAACAAACACCGCAAAAUCCGUCGAAAACCUAUACAUCCACGCUCAGAUCGCCAGAAAAUCUUCCGAUUUCCUUUUCGUACCGAAAUUAACCGACUCGAGGAGAUUAAGCAUUCCUGUGGUCCUAAUACCCGAGGACGGAAUGACAGAUAGCAGAUUCAACUCAUCAGACAACGUGUAUCUUGAGAACUUGUACAAAGCUGCCUCGGUGUCGAGUUUGGGCAAUUUCGGAGGUAUCGCGGCGGAACCGAUGCCGAUCAUCAAGAACAAAGACGGAAAAUGGCAAACAGUCGCUGAGUUCUUAGACUUGACGCUGCUGAAGGAUUGGAUAUUCGACAACAUUGCUUUCGGGAUGUCGUUGGCUUUCUUCGCCGACCUCACGUUCUUCACGCUGGAGCCGAUGUUUUUGGACAAAAACGGCUUAAGUCGGGGCGAGAUAGCAAGUAUAAUAGCGAUUGGCGGCGCCACUGAUAUGUCAGCCAGGUUACUGCUUGGUGUCACCGGGCAUUUCUUCACUCUGAACAGCCGUUACAUGUAUUACUCUGGAGCGCUCUUCACUGCGAUAUUCCGGAUAGUUCUCACACAAUGCACCACCUACCUUCCGCUCCUGGUCUUGACCGGCAUUUUAGGCUCCUUACGGUCUCUACUGCACAUAGCGCAGCCUAUAGUGAUGGCUGAGCAUGUGCCGAUUGAGCGGUAUCCAUCCGCUUAUGGACUGUACAUGUUGAUCACUGGAGCCUUGAGUUUGAGCAUCGGGCCUUUGAUAGGUUUCGUCCGCGAUUACACCGACAGCUACGAGAUCGCGUUCUACAUGCUCACAAUCUGCAACUUGUCCUGCGUGGUCCCUUGGACCAUUGAAGCCAUCAUCAGAUUCUCUACCCGAAAAACCUCUCAUCUGGAAACGUGAUGGAAGAAUUACCUUUACUGUGAAAGAACCUUUAGAAGAGCAAAAACUGUAAAUAGUGUAGCUAAUGAACUACGGUAUAGCCCAUAAGAUUACUUGAUAUGGCAAUGGGCAAGCCACGAAGUCCGAAGACCAGUGGCGUAGCUAGGCGUGGGCGAAACGGCCCUUCGCCCAUGGCCCCGCGAGAGGCAACCCUUUUUAUGACCUUGGGAAUACGCAUUGAAAGAAAAGGACCUCGCAGAAGCGAGUUCCAUAAGAUUGCUUGAUAUGGCAAUGGGCAAGCCACGAAGUCCGAAGACCAGUGGCGUAGCUAGGCGUGGGCGAAAUGGCCCUUCGCCCAUGGCCCCGCGAGAGGCAACCCUUUUUAUGACCUUGGGAAUACGCAUUGAAAGAAAAGGACCUCGUAGAAGCGAGUUCCAUAAGGUUGCUUGAUAUGGCAAUGGGCAAGCCACGAAGUCCGAAGACCAGUGGCGUAGCUAGGCGUGGGCGAAACGGCCGUUCGCCCAUGGCCCCGCGGGAGGCAACCCUUAUAAUGACCUUGGGAAUACGCAUUGAAAGAAAAGGGCCUCGCAGAAGCGCCUUCGCCGACGGCUAGGUCUAGGCUAGUUCACGCUAAGCCACUGCCGAAGACAAUAUGGCCCUUGGGAUACUAAAUGCCUAUAAUGGCGACCAUGGACCAUAAAUCUCUGCGCUGUGCGGCUCUAGAGAAUACGAAGGGGCUACAGCGCGGAACGGUCCUAGGCAAUACGGACAGACAUCUUAAUAAUCGCAGGACAUUGUGGUGAUAGAAGUAGUCAUUAGAGGACUAUAUUCAAUGUUAGGGAAAUAGAUAGUGUAACUAAUUUUGUGACUGUUAAGCCUGUUAAAAAUCAAAAUUAUAAUGAUUAUAAUUACUUUAUGAUUCAGGUAUAUUCGAUUGAAGCCCAGUAAAAUUGAUUGCCAGUCGCUAGGUCUUUAUGUUGUGCCAAAGAAUAGAUAAAAGAAAUAUUGCUGGAUGACACCAAUGACUUAUCUUUUUAAAUAUUGACAUCAUCGUCAUUGCUUUAUUGUGUUCUUGUAUUGACAUUGUUUUAUUGUGUUCUUGUAUUGACAUUGUUUUUUUUUUUUUUUACAAUUGUGACAUUUUUAAUUUAUUUCUAUUUGCAUUGUUUUGUUAAUAUUAAUUGUAACUUCAUUUAUACUGAUGUUCAAUUCUAAUUCUUAUUAUUAUUAUUACAAAAACAAACGAUCAUUAUACCAAUGAGGAUAUAAUUAGAUAGAGCGGUACUGUCAUAGUAAAUUUUGUAACCGCUGUAAAUUCACUGCCAUCUAUCGACAUACUUUAAAACUAAAAAUGAAGAUUUAUAAAAAUACGUUAAAAUGUAUUUAAAUAUGGAUAAAUGAUUUUUUUAUGUGCAUUAAUUAUUUUUAUAUGAUUUUGACCCAUGUUCUUCCAUUGAUAUGCGUUAAAAUUAUAAAUAACAAACAAAACCGUCAACGCCCUCUAUACGAGACUAGGCCAAAACUAGUGGCGCCCUCUGAUCGAGAAUCAAAUUUUCGUGAUUUUCGAGGCACGUUUUUUCCUUAGACUGUAUCCAUCUAUUACGGAGUUAUAUCUAUCUUUGAUUAUACGAAAAGUAGUACAAGCUGAAAUGUACGUAUAUUUUACCUGUGUGAAAAUUGUAUACAUGUGAUAAAUAAACUAAACUAAACUAAUGCGAGCCGGAAAUUAUCAGUAUGAAUGAUAUUUAAGUAGUGACAGUUUAACGAUAGAAAUAAUCAAAAUUUAAAUGAAAUGAAGGAUCAAAAUUAUUCACGACCAUCUUGAUAGUGUCAAGCCCGCAAAAGAAAUGAGAUGAUUGUUUAGAUAAAAUAGAUAAGAUAAGAUAAUUAUGAUUGUUAUCAGUUUCCUUUUAAAUACCAUGUUUUUAGUGAAUCUUCUGUACAAUUAUAUAUUAUAUAUACACAGUAGUUUUGUUAUGCUUUGAUUAGAUCAACGCGCUACGCAAGAUCCCCGAUGGUAUCUUAAGUAUUAAGUCGCUCCUUGACCCAACGUUCUAUUAGCGAAAAGCCGAGAAAGUCGAAGAUUAUAGGCGGGUUAUCAUAACUUGAACGGAAAUAACUUUAUCUGGAGCGAGCAGGAAAAUUGGAUGAAAAACGUGAAAUUGAAAGCAUGUUAGUGAAAAUGCCAAGUUAACCUAGUUGGCUGUUUACGUAGACUUACAUUUGCUAAAAAGAAUUUAAUUCUACUUAAGUAUGUUCAUAUUCUUUAAUCAAUUAGCCUCAUGCAUGAAGUCUAUAUUUGAACGAAAUAUGUUUUAUUCGGAUGUUUGUUACCGUUAUAUCAUGUUACAAAUGCAUUUCCGUUUUUAAAUUACCAUUUAAUUGCUUAAAAUUAUAAAUAAAAAGUACAAAAAUUUGCCCGCGAAAAGCUAGUUAGCGAAACGCUCGAAACGCCACGUGACGUCACGCGUUCGACAGAUUAGUGUCAUUAGUAGCAAACGUCAGUUGGGCCGCCCAACGUGUGACGUCAUCACGCUCUGUCGAAUUCGCGCCAAAAAUUAUGAGCGUUUCAACCGCUCAAAAAUUUUCAACAUUUUAAAUAUUUUUUAAUAAAAUAAUGUUAAGGUUUACAAAAGUAUUUUUAUCAUUUCCGGUGUUCCAACGAUAUAAAUUAUGAAUCCAAAAAUAAAAAUAAAUUCAUGCAUGGAGCUAAUUGCCGAGCAGAUGAGUAUGUGCCAAUUUAUUGAUAAAACCUUAAACGAAAUAUUAAUGAAAGUAGUUUGAGAUCAUAUUGUAAUAAUUGCUGCCAUAAAUUAUUUGUAGAAAGGAGUUAUUAGAUAUAGUUAUACUUAAUAACUAGUCCUACUAGUAGUAAGUAGAGUUUCUUACUUACCUGUGGAUUAGGUUGAAGAUUCUUACCUGUAAAUAAAAAUUAGUUAUUAAGAAAUUACUCAUAAAUUAAUUAGUUGCAAGGAGCAAUGUCAUUAGUAAAUUUCUAAGGCCAUUGACACACUGACAGCAAGAUCCGGACGGAGUGACAGAUUUAACAAUGAAAAUGAAAAAUCGUUUAUUAUACAAUCAUUUAUACAAUCAUUGUGUUACAAUUUGAGAAAGGGUUGGGACCUCCUAGUAAGUAUUGCAAUACUUGUGACAGGAGACCCCGCUCUUCCAGCAGCAAGUUAAGGGUACAACCAAUACAAUAAUAGUUUUAUGUAGGUACAGAAAGUAACAAAUUGAAUUAUAAUUAAAUUGUGCCAUUUAGGGUUUACUUUACAUUGGACAUGUCAUACAUGUUAGUAUUGACAACCAAUUUAGCUUGAACUCAAAAUGGAUCAAAAAUUUUCCUCUGUGACCAUACAUUAGCGAAUAAAUAAAUUAUGUCUAGUAGCAUACAGGUUAGAUCGUGAUGUGAGGUGUAUUUAAUGCCUUAUAUUUAUACAUAUAUUCUAGCAAUUUACUACUUUGUCACCGCAAUAUAAAAAGAAUAAAGUGAUCAGGGGCCGGUUUCUCAAAAGCUUGUAAUACAAGUGGAAGUCCCUUUCUAAGAAAAGCUGUCAAAAAGUGACAUCCGCUUGUAUUACAAGUUACAAGCUUUUGAGAAACGGGCCCCAGGGACUAAAUUAGUUCGUGAUACUUUUAUUUGUGAGGGUUUUCGUUUGUAGCUCAUGCAAGUAUAAAUACAGUGCGACAUAAAAUGUGUGCGAACUAAAAAAAAAACCGGCCAAGUGCGAGUCGGACUCGCCCACCGAGGGUUCCGUACUUUUUAGUAUUUGUUGUUAUAGCGGCAACAGAAAUACAUCAUCUGUGAAAAUUUCAACUGUCUAGCUACCACGGUUCAUGAGAUACGCCCUGGUGACAGACGGACAGCGGAGUCUUAGUAAUAGGGUCCCGUUUUUACCCUUUGGGUACGGAACCCUAAAAAUUACAUACUAAAUUGUUGCCAUUUUACGUUAAAAAUGAGACAGUUACGUAGGAAGUGGCGCCCUCAUUUAUUUUCUACAAUUUUAUGUCACACUGUAUAUGCGGCAUUAUAACUACCAUUUUAU